CAUUUGCAAAAAACGUUCUCAGUGCAAUUCCAGGAAUUCUAAAUUAUAAUAUUGAAGUACCAAAACUGGAUCCAUGCCAGUUAUGUGGACAAGAGUUUAUUCCGCACCCCGCAAAUACAAAGAUAUCGAAACCUCCCUCACUUCAGCUAUUAAUGAGACAGGGUCGCAGGAUCCAAUGGAAAUAUCACCACAAAUCUCCACAGAAGGACCUAACUAGCAUUAUGUCUGGAAAUAAACGAGAUCUUCCAUUAUUUGAGAGCAACACUGAUAUUGGUCUUACUCAAGCUUUACAAAAUAAAGAUGUCUCCUCUUCACCCAAAAGUGCUAUUGAACCAACUCUUGAAAUAUGCUCCAAGUGUUCCGAAGCCAUCUCUCCAGAACGUUCAAAACCAAUCGUAUUAUUAACAUGUAAACACGUUAUCCAUUUCGAGUGCAUUGGCAACAAGCGUAAUUUAUGUCCUAAAUGCCCAUCGGCAGAUGAUUUAGAAAAAGAAGGAUAUUAUAUCUCACCUGCUAUCUCAAUUAACGAAGCUCCCAAAAAGAAAAAAGAAGAAACCGGAAGAUAA